CCCCCCUCCCGCUCUGCAGCUACCAUUGUGAGGUGAGGACAGGUGGGGGGGUUUGGGGCCGCAGCGGGGCCGGCGGCGGCGGCCUGGACGCGGCACCCGCACGGGACCCCCUCAGCCAUGUUACUGGAGAUGAUACUGUCUUCUGGAAGUAGAAACACAGUGAACAGAUGAAUCUAUUCAGCCAAGCAUUCCUCCAGUAGAUACCUCUCAUCAUGGAGCACCACAGCAGGGAGGAGAUGGACUCCAAAGAGGAAAGUCCUCAGGUGUGGACUGACUCUGCUGAGCAGGAAGAGAAUACUGCUCAGGUGCACUUUGUCCCCGAAGGGGGAGCAGUGGCACAGAUUGUGUACAGCGAUGACCAAGACCGUCCCUCGCAGCAAGUGGUCUACACGGCAGAUGGCACCUCCUACACCUCCGUGGACACCUCGGAGCACACGCUCGUUUACAUCCAUCCCGUGGAAGCUACGCAGACUCUGUUUACAGAUCCGUCCCAAGUGGCUUACGUCCAGCAGGAUGCUACCACGCAGCAGGUAACUGUGCUCUUGCCUGCUGCUGCUCAGAGCAUGAAUCCCACCAACCUGUCCGUGCUCGGCAACGUUGCCGAAUCCCCCCAGCAAAUGGCUCUGGAGCAGGGUCCACAAGCAGAUAGAGCAUCACUACCGGUGCAUAACCAAGUGUUACCUCCUAUGGAGGCAGUGGAUGGUUCUGACCCUUUAGCACCUUUGCAGAAUCAGAUGGGAAGGAUGGAAACAAAAGAGGAAGAUGAUGAAGACGAGGAUGAGGAUGAAGAUGGGGAAGACACUGACAUGGAUGAGUGGGAUCCAGAUCCACCUCGACCUUUUGAUCCCAAUGAUCUGUGGUGCGAAGAGUGUAAUAAUGCACAUCCCUCUGUGUGCCCAAAGCACGGACCUCUGCAUCCAAUCCCAAACCGACCCGUGCUGACCAGGGCCAGAGCCAGCCUCCCCCUGGUGCUGUAUAUAGACAGAUUUUUGGGAGGUGUGUUCUCCAAAAGGCGUAUCCCCAAACGCACGCAGUUUGGACCUGUGGAAGGACCUCUGGUUAGACAAACUGAACUCAAAGACUGCUACAUCCAUUUGAAGGUGUCUCUUGAUAAGGGUGACAGGAAAGACAGAGAUUUGCAAGAAGACUUGUGGUUUGAACUUUCUAGCGAGGCUCUUUGUAACUGGAUGAUGUUUGUGCGUCCAGCUCAGAACCAUUUGGAGCAGAACUUGGUAGCGUAUCAGUACGGCCACCAUAUUUAUUAUACAACAAUUAAAAAUGUGGAGCCCAAGCAGGAGCUCAAGGUGUGGUAUGCUGCCUCUUAUGCAGAGUUUGUGAACCAGAAGAUCCAUGACAUAUCCGAGGAGGAAAGGAAGGUUCUCAGAGAGCAAGAGAAGAACUGGCCGUGUUACGAGUGCAAUCGUCGUUUCAUGAGCUCAGAGCAACUCCAACAGCACCUCAACUCUCACGAUGAGAAGCUGGACUUCUUCAGCAGAGCCAGAGGCAGAGGUCGUGGGCGAGGAAAGAGGAGAUUUGGACCAGGCAGACGCCCGGGGCGCCCGCCCAAAUUCAUGCGUAUGGAAGUAACCAGUGAAAAUGGAGAAAAGUGUGAAGAAGGGACGCAGGACUUGCUGCAUUUUUCCAGCAAGGGGCAGUUUGAUGAGGCCGGACAAACUACACUGAAUGGGCUGGAGCAGCAAGAACAGACUCCAGUGCCAUCAGAGGCUCAGUCGGCACUGGAUCAGCAGUCAGCAAGCCACCCGCUGCAAAUCCAGCCGCAGCAUGAUGAGAGCACGGUGCCUACGCAGAGCACCAUGACAGCAGAUGACAUGAGGCGAGCAAAGCGUAUCAGGAAUGCGGCCCUUCAACAUCUGUUCAUACGGAAAUCCUUUCGCCCGUUCAAAUGCCUGCAGUGUGGGAAGGCCUUCCGGGAAAAGGACAAACUGGAUCAGCACUUGCGGUUUCACGGACGGGAAGGGAACUGCCCUUUGACCUGCGAUAUCUGCAACAAGGGCUUCAUCAACAGCAGUGCUCUGGAGAGCCACAUGAAGUUUCACAUGGACCAGAAAACAUACUCCUGCAUUUUUUGUCCCGAGUCCUUUGACCGCUUGGAUCUGCUCAAAGAUCAUGUGGCCAUCCAUGUCAAUGAUGGCUACUUCACCUGCCCUACCUGUAAAAAGCGUUUUCCAGAUUUUAUCCAGGUAAAGAAACACGUACGCAGCUUCCAUUCGGAAAAGAUUUACCAGUGUACAGAAUGUGACAAGGCUUUCUGCCGUCCCGACAAGCUGCGACUCCAUAUGUUGCGACACUCGGACCGCAAAGACUUCUUGUGCUCCACAUGUGGCAAGCAGUUCAAGAGGAAAGACAAGUUGCGAGAGCACAUGCAGAGGAUGCACAAUCCAGAAAGGGAGGCCAAGAAAGCUGAUCGAAUCAGCCGCUCAAAAACCUUCAAGCCUCGGAUAGCUUCCACCGACUACGAGAGCUUCAUGUUCAAGUGUCGACUGUGUAUGAUGGGCUUCCGCCGGAGGGGGAUGUUGGUGAAUCAUUUAUCAAAGAGACAUCCAGACAUGAAAAUAGAAGAGGUGCCAGAACUCACAUUGCCUAUCAUCAAGCCCAACAGAGAUUACUUCUGUCAGUACUGUGAUAAGGUGUACAAAAGUGCCAGCAAGCGCAAAGCACAUAUCCUGAAGAACCAUCCUGGUGCUGAGUUACCUCCAAGCAUCCGCAAACUGCGCCCUGCAGGCCCAGGAGAGCCAGAUCCCAUGCUUAGCACCCACACCCAGCUGACGGGCACCAUAGCCACUCCUCCAGUCUGCUGUCCUCACUGUUCCAAACAGUACAGCAGCAAGACGAAGAUGGUACAACAUAUUCGCAAGAAGCACCCGGAGUUUGCUCAGCUCCCUAACACAAUACAUGCUCCACUGGCAACAGCUGUCAUCAGUUCUGCUCCUGCUGUUCUAACCACUGACAGCAGUACUGGAGAGACUGUUGUGACAACAGAUUUACUGACCCAAGCGAUGACAGAGCUGUCCCAGACUCUCACAACAGACUAUCGAACUCCUCAGGGAGAUUACCAGCGAAUCCAGUACAUCCCUGUGUCUCAGUCUGCAACUGGCUUGCAGCAGCCUCAGCAUAUACAGCUGCAGGUUGUUCAAGUGGCUCAGGCUACCUCACCUCACCAGUCCCAACACUCCACAGUGGAUGUCGGACAGCUUCAUGAUCCCCAGACAUACACUCAGCAUGCUAUCCAGGUGCAGCAUAUCCAGGUCACAGAGCCAUCCCCAGCAACUCAGUCGUCAUCACAGGUUGGUGGUCAGCCACUGAGUCCCUCCUCACAACAAUCUCAGCAGGAACUCAGCCCCUCACAGAUGCAGACAGCUACAUCUACGCAAAACCCAGCCCUCCAGCAGCAGCAGAGUUCUUCAGUCCAGCACACGUAUCUUCCCAGCACAUGGAACUCUUUUCGGGGCUAUUCAUCUGAGAUUCAGAUGAUGGCCAUUCCCCAAGGCCAGUAUGUGAUUGCUGAGACAUCUGUAGGUACACCUGUCACGACUGUCAACACGGGGCAAGUGAAAGCGGUUACUCAGACUCACUACGUGAUAUCGGAAGGUCAGCCUGAUCUGGAUGUCAAACAAAACUCUUCGCUCUCCAGUGAGGUACAGGUCGGUGUUUCCCAGCCAUCAGCCCACACUGAUACCUUGGAAUCUCAAACGAAUAAUCAGCAGCAAACCACCCAGUACAUAAUCACUACAACCACCAAUGGGAACGGGGGCAGUGAAGUGCACAUCACUAAACCAAGAACUUUCCCAGCAGAACAUGAAUGAAGAAACCCUGUGGUGUCAUUUGCUUGUACUUUUGACCUCCCCCAAAAGCCCGAAUAUAUGGGUAUCCUGGAGCUCAUAUGAUUUUAAAGUGUAUGCUCACGUAAUGUCAGCUAAAAUCUUGGAGCUCUUGUUAAUGCUUUAAGAGGGUUUAAGUCCCCUGUGACAGUGAAGAAGUACCCUCAAAAAUCCUCCUGGGAUGCCACUUUAUGCAGCUUUUAACAAAAAGGACAAGAAGAGAAAUGGAAUCUCUGCUUGCCCUGGACUUUAUUUUUUGGCAUGUCUGCUGACCCUUAUUUUUCCUUUUUUGGAAGUGUCUCCAGUAAACGACAUUUAUUUCAAUGAUAUGGGAAAAAGCUUGCCUGACUAAAGGCUAACUGGCAGAUUAUGUCCUAUGUAUAUUUUUAAUAGGAGCCGUUAAACAAGAGGACAUCAUGUAAAUUGCCGGAGUAUGGCAGAACUGCUUCCUGUGUGUUUGUUUCAAAAGCAGCCGAGGUGAAAG